AUGGCUCAAAGAGAUCGCCGUUCUAAUGCUGGUAAUCGUAUGGCAAAGCUUUUGGAUGAAGAGGAAGAAGACGAUUUCUAUAAAACCACUUAUGGUGGGUUUCUAGAAACCGCAGAGGACCAAGAUUACAUAGAAGAAAAAGAAGUUGAUGAUGUUGUGGACUCAGAUUUUGAUAUUGAUGAAAAUGAUGAGCCUACUUCAGAUCAAGAAACUGAUGUUAAAGAAAAGAAAAAAAUUAGUGGAAAAGUGUAUAAGGAUCCAAACAGAAAGAAAAAGACCACAGUUGAAAAGAAAAAAGUUGUGGUUAAGAAAGCUAAAGAACCAAAGCCGAAAGAAAGUAAUGAUAAUGCUGAACAAACCGUUAAUACAUCUAUAGAAAGAAAAAUAAGACAGAGUACAGCUGUAAAAUCCGCUGAGACCCAGCAGAGAAUCAAAAUAAGAUCUGAGCUGAAGAAAAAGAAACCUAAGAAGGUUGAAGAGAAGGUCUUAACACAAGAAGAGUUAUUGGAAGAAGCUCUUAUUACUGAAAAGGAAAAUCUUAAAAGCUUAGAAAGAUUUGAACAAAGUGAAUUAGAAAGAAAAAAGGUCAGACCAACAAAGAAAACUAUUACAGGACCUAUAAUAAAAUACCAUUCUUUCGCGGUCCCUGUACCUAUGGAAGUCACAACUGAUGAUAAAACGAGCUUAACACCCAUGGACUUAAAUCUUAGUGAUCUUAUUAAAAAUGAAGAUGAUCUACCUUCAGAAGAUUUAACCGAUUGUAAAGAAACUACACAGACACAAGCAGAAACUGAAAAAAUUGAGGCUAAGGAGUCUUAUAAAGUGAACAUUGAAGUAGUCGGGCCAGAUGAAGAAAUAAAAGUGGAUGUUGUCUCUAAAAAAGAAAAUAAGCAAAAACUCAAAGAAAACAUAUCAUUCUACGAGAGAACCUUGCUGUCGUUCGAGAAUGAUAUUAAGAAUGAGGCAUUCGAUAGUUGCUACACUCAAAGUCGACCCAAGAGGAAACGAGAGAUGCUAUGUGCCGUCACCAAGCGACCAGCACGGUACAUAGACCCAAUAACGAAACUACCGUACAGAAGUGUAGAUGCGUUCCGUAUUAUUCGGGAAGCUUAUUACCAGCAGCUAGAGGCUAGAGGAGACCGCUCCGACCCCCAAGUUGCAGCUUGGUUACAAUGGCGACGCGCUGACACUGCUUCCACAUACGUACAGAUAAACAUUAAGUAA